AUGUCGAGUACAUCGCAAAAGCAUAGAAAUUUCGUGGCGGAACCGAUGGGCGAGAAACCCGUCACAGAUCUUGCCGGUGUGGGCGAUGUGUUGGGCAAGCGGUUGGAAGCAGCAGGCUUCGAUCGAGCGUACACGGUUCUCGGGCAGUAUCUAAUCCUGAAGAAAGAUGCGGAGCUUUUCAAGGAGUGGAUGAAGGACACCUGCGGAGCGAACUCGAAACAGGCGGCCGAUUGUUACCAGUGUUUGAGCGAUUGGUGUGACGAAUUCCUGUAA